AUGGCUUCCACGGAGAAAGCCAAGGAACAAACGACAUUACCUCCCGAUGCCUUCGAAUAUCUCAAUUCCAUCGAACUUCUCCAGCCCGAACUUCUCCGUCUCGAUUACUUUCGUGAUAAACCCGAUAUACCUCCUCCCAGCCACCGGGUGAUGGCGUUCCUGGCGAAACGUGAGCGCAAAAAGAUACUGAGCAAGAUAAAUGAUGCGUACGCAAGGGUUCCAAGCUACGGCUUGGGUUGUUUGAAAGAACGUCUUCAAUGGCUUCACCGGUUCGACUUCACUCAUGACGACGAAACGCUUUUUGAACACUUUCUCUCCGAGAUUUUGUACAGAGGUUCGCACAGUCGUGAUUUUGAUACACCUAUCCUUCACACUCAAACUCACAAACUUUUCCUUGUACUCAAUUUACAGCCAAUGAAUGCUGCCUGGGAUAAAAAACGUGGCAUUAUAGAUGUCAAGAAUGAGAAGUUAAUGGAGUAUACUCAUGAGUUUACCCCAGCUCUUCAAGUAGAGCGCGACUCUGAUACCGAAGAACGUACUCUCCCUCUGCGGUUCGGCCUCGCUGUGGGAAAAUUGGUAUGCUUUGCAAAAAAGGGAAAGUACGAACAGGGCCACCAUUUUAUCAAGGGUUAUACUCCAUUUCAUCUUGUCUUUCAUCCAAUUGACAAGAGCUUUUGGAUGGUGGUGGAUCGCUACAAGGACAGGGACGGCGAGGAAGAUUUUUUCGACGACGGCUACGACGAGCUUGAAUAUCAGACCAACAAAGCACUAACCCGAUCGCUCCGCGAGCGAUUUGGGAGGCAGUGGGACGAUAGACCGAUGGAGGUCGAGGCAUUCCGCCUGGGGCCAAUAGAUGAUUGGUUCCCCCAAGUGCUCGGUCUAAGUGAGAGAGAAGAGCAGGCGCGUCAGCUCGAUGGCGGCGUAGGCUUCGAUGGCAACGAGUCUGAAGAACCAGUUCCUCGAUCCACCAAAAGAGAUUGGCCGCCGACUAUUGACUUCUCCAGCGUUCCAAAGGUAUCGCUGUUUCCAGACACGGGUCCCCCACAAGUUCAGUUCGCAACGCACGCUCGCUUCCAGAGCUAUCUUGCAGAAAACGGGGUGGUGAAAGGACGCUCAUGGCUCAAAAUGGACCCCCUCUCCUACGACAACAACAUCAAAAUCCUUACCGCGGGCGUAAAGAAUAUGUACAGCAUUGCCCAAUGUGCGGAGGAUCUGAUUUCCGAAAAUGAUGGCACCAAAGCAUACUUGACAUACCAGCGACUUGUCAAAGUCCUCGAUUUCGUUUGGAAGGGAGCACAGUCACUCCAAAAUAUUGUCUUGAAGUCGGAUCCUUCAAGAGAACCGCCACAAGACCUGUCAGACACCUUCGAAGUCUUUAGGGAAGUUUUGGACACCCUCAAGUGCAAACCCCCUCGAGAAGAGAAGGUUAAGGACACAAACAAAAUACCCAACUCGUCGGCAAUCGAGCUUCUUCUUGAACUGUUCUACAAAACUACCCCCGAGGUGCCUGAAAAUAUCUAUGAAUUUUUGCUGGCCUUCGAAGCCAAAUUCGGCAAAAACUUCACAGAAACAAACCAUUGCGGGUUGCCCAGUGUAGUUUUCAUAUGCUUUGUGCCCGGUGGCAUGAUUACCACAGCUUCCGCAGCCAAAUGGGAGGUAUCCUUCGAAGAGAAGGGCAAGAAACAGUAUAUGCGGUAUGAGGGAGGAGUGAAUUCCAAGCUGCGAGUGAUGCACAGAAACCGUUUCCGAUUGGCCUCGACAGAGACGGCAAAAGAGAAGUUUGCAAAAGUGAAGGCAGCGUACGGCAAAUGGCAGCAGGGUGGCCCCACUAUGAGCCGCGAGCUGAAAGACGAACGGUUCAAAGCCUUCAAGCACCUGAGAAGACAAGGAGGCGCAUUUCAGGUCCUGGCUGGAGCAGGCAGCAUCCUCAAAAUCUACCAACCGUGCAUCAAAUGCCGCCACCUGUACCGGUUUGACUACAUUGGUCAGAAAGCCACCGACAACCGAGAAAAGGACGAGACACUAUGGGCCUAUGGCCACUGCGCCGAAGAUCUAUGCCAUAAUUUGUGGGCAAACAACAAAGCAUCAGACCGGAAGCCGAAUGCAUCUCUGUGCUGA